AUGAUCGUGUGGAUUCAAUUACCGGCCCUCAAGGUCCAUUUUUACCAUCGAGAGGUUCUAACCUCCCUGGGUAAUCUCAUCGGACGCACAAUUAAACUGGAUUUUCAUACGAUGAAUCGGCAGCGUAGGAAAUUUGCUCGCCUGGCGGUUGAGAUCGACAUGACAAAAGCUUUGGUUCCCCGGAUCUACCUGGAUGAUCAUUGGCAAAAAGUCGAGUAUGAGAACCUCCCCGUCGUUUGCUUCGAGUGUGGGAAGGUGGGUCACAGCGCCGAGGGCUGCUCCAAACGCCGUCCGGCGGCCCCAUCGGGACAGUUACUUCUCGCCGACGAACAGAAUUUGGUAACGCCCGGUAACGUUGAGGAGGAGACGAAUCCGGGAUUCGGGCCCUGGAUGCUGGUUUCCAAAAGAAGCCGCCGUAACUCCAGGGAUCUCAACAAGAAAGGAAAGCCAGAGCUGAUUUUGGGGAACGGGCCUCAAGGGCCGAUUAGUAAAAACGGGAAAGGAGGGAUCAAAGCUUCAGAGAAGGAGAAAGAGGAUUUCGGGACGGGAUCUAAGGCGCCGAAGCAGACGAGGGAUCAGGCGGCUCCAAUUCAGGAAAGGAGAGGAAAUCAGAAUCGGAAAGGGGAGGUGGAGGCGUCUUCUGUGGCCAGAGUUGGUAACAAGGGGAAGGAAGUCGCGACAGACCUAAACGACGAGGGCAAAGGAAUUCUGGGCUCGGGCCCAUCAAAGUCUCCUAAUAGGGGGUAUGUUUCUAGGCCCAACUCCGAGGCCUGCCACCCCUCUAAGUCUGGGCAAUCCGAGAGGGAGGUAAGGCUGGCAGCGAGCAGGCCAGAUGAGCAGGCUUCUUCUCCGUCCGUGGGCCUGGUUUCCUCAGCGGGCCAAGCCUCAACCUCCUCUGCAGCUCACCUGAUCAAGUCUUUCGUUGGGCCGAAUGGAACUAGAAUGCAGAUAGUGGCUGUGCCGUCAUCUCCAAACCGAACCAGACAAGCGGAAGUGACGUCUCCAUCGGCGGGUGAACGAACAAAAACCAAGAAAGGUGCUCGGCGGCAAUCCAAGAAAGGAUCACCAGUGAAGUUCCAGGCCUCCAAGGCUCUGCAAAUUUGGUCGCUGGUGAAGGACAGGAAGAGCAAAUCCAAGGCUCGGCUGGCGACACUCACGUUGGAGGAGAUCAACGCCUGGACCUGUGCCGCGGCGGAGAAGGCUGAUUGGAGACCAGAGCAUGACAGGAGCGAGACUAGGCGUUCCGAAUAG